AUGGUUCUCUUCGAUUUCAAGUCGGACAAACACUUUGUUACCUCCUCCGAUGAAACAGCCAUUAGAGUGUGUCAGUUGAACGACCCUACUAUUCACCCUUCCUAUAUCCGAAAGACUCACUGGAAGGAAGUUGGCACCAUCAUCGUCGACACUGACAACAAUGGAGACGACAACGACGACUUGGCAGAAGAGCAGUACUACGACGGGCUGUUGUUUUUCGAUGGCCAUGGGAAGAUCGAGGGACAGGAAGCCCUCACCAAGCUAGCCCGACACCUCAGUCAGUCGGGUCUGAUGGUGAGCCCUGGAGGGUACUGCUUUCAAGACGUGACUGAACUGGGCGAGCACAGAGACUCUGGGGCUCACUACCUUCGAUUGAACGAUCUCUUCAGCUGGCCUCGCCAUGGUGUUGCCAUGGCGAGGAACACCGCGUGGCAGCGCUUGGAGUUGAAGUACACCACCGUAUUGCCAGGAGGGCAGAAGAAAACAUCAAAGCAAUCAUGGAGGAGGACGCCGCAGCCGCCUUUACCCACGACGACCAAUGAUGAGAUGGUCCACAGAAGCAGGAGACGACCGGUGCCGCCAAAUACUUGGUCGGACGACAUAUCAGCUUCCACGUACUUUUACAUGAGCGAUGUGAAGGCGGACUUCCUGCCGUUCUUUGGGGGAGGCUUCAAAGUUCGAGUGGUGGAUGAAGACACCAAGAACUGGUCGGCUCCCUCCAUGAUUCUUAUGUAUUGUGAGGGCGGUGAACCAUUCGACCAAAACGACUGGUGGUUUGUGAAGAUCGUCCAUCCAGAUGGCGGCCUGACGAUGCUGGCGUAUUACGACGGGGAUCAAAGAUAUAGUGCUGAUGGCUACAGAGGUUCUGCUGCUCGGUUUCCGAUUCCUAGGAACUGCAGUGUGUGGACAAGCACGAGUUUGUUCAUGGUUUAUUUGUUUGGCGAGUACAGGCUUGCUUUCCUCUAUCGAGACUAG